AUGCGGUGCAGCCUCGCCCUUGUGGUGCUGGCUUCCGUGAUUGGUGCCAUUGUCGCGGAUCAGGAUCCACGAUGCCCACCCCUGUCGAACGACGUGUUUGGCAUCUGUGUUGAGGGUUGCUUCAACCAUGAUGACUGUGAGGGCGAUAAGUUGUGCUGCUCAAACGGCUGUGGCUCCACGUGCAAGGACCCCGUGGACCCCUGCACCAUGCUCGACUGUCCCCAUGGCUGCGAGGACGGCGAAUGCCUUCCCCCACCAGAGCGCUGCACGUCACAUGAGCAGUGCGGACCUCUCCACUACUGCCGCACAGAACAGGACGGCUGCCCCGGCGAUUUCAUCGGCGACGUGCAGCUCGUUGGAGAAUGCGCGCCGCGCCCCAAUGACAUUAGGGUGUGCACGCUUGAGUAUGCACCCGUGUGCGGGUGCAACGGGCGGACAUAUUCGAACAAGUGCCAUGCGGGUUACUACGGUGUCAGGCACCGCGGCCCAUGCGAGCCGUCAACCUCAACCGCAUCCACAGACACCACCUCCUCCCCAUCAUCAUCAUCAUCAUCAUCAUCCCCAUCAUCAUCGCCUUCUUCUUCUUCUUCUUCUUCUUCUUCUUCGCCAUCGCCCUUUGGCACCACCUGUGUGCGCCGCGAGCAGUGUGGCGAGGGCUUCGCCUGCCGGCCGCAAACCGAAAACACGUGCAUUGGCGACAUCGCAGACGACGGCACAAUGACAGCGGGCGUGUGUGUGCCGCAAGUUGAGAUCUUUUGCCCGGAGUAUUAUGCGCCCGUGUGCGGCUGCGACGGUGACACGUACAGCAACCCCUGCUUUGCCUUUAACGUCGGUGUCAGGCACCAGGGCCCAUGCGAAGACGAUGAGGAAGACGACGAUGACGACUAUGACUACUAUGAUGACUACUAUGACGACUACAAAGUCGACGACGACCACUAUGAGGACGAGAGCACGUCUUCGCCCACGACGUCUUCUGCGCCAUCGACCGCGACCACCGCCACCACACGCCCGGCCAUCCCGCGUGACUGUGUCCGCUGGUACGACGGAUGCAACACGUGCAUGGUCGAGGAUGGCAAGAUCACCGGGUGCACGGAGAUUGCGUGCUUCCGCCAUGAGGAGCCGCGCUGUCUUGAGUUUUCGCCGCCGCGCAUCCCACACCGCUGCCUCACCUGGUUUGACGGCUGCAACACGUGCUCCGUUGCAGGCGGCAAGCCAUACUUGUGCACGCUGCGCGCGUGUGCGGAGGACUCGAUGGAAGAGCCACGGUGCCUGGAGAUGCUGCCAGACUCGUGCGUCCGCUGGUUCGACGGCUGCAACGAGUGCACCAUCAAUGAGGACGGCCUCGAGGCGUGCACGCGGCGGGCGUGUGGACCGGGUAUCCUGCAGCAGCCGCGCUGUCUUGAGCACACGUGCAGCGACGUCCUGUGCGAUCUCUACUGCGAGAACGGCUUCAAGCGCGACGAAAACGGGUGUGAGAUGUGUGAGUGCAAGGAGGAGCCGUGCCCUGUUCUCCGCUGCAUGGGGCCCUGCGAAUACGGCUACGCUGUGGAUGAGGAUGGCUGCGACACGUGCGAAUGCAAUCCCGCUCCGUCCAGCUCCCUGGUCGAACCGACAUCCUCAUCCUCGACUGAGACAACCACGUCGUCAACCACGUCGUCAACCACAACAUCGUUCACCACUUCCAUGCCAUCCUCAUCGACAGUCGAGACAACCACGACCUCCACCACCUCCGAUUCGUGUGGCGACGUGACGUGCCCGCCACCCCCGCCCUGCCCCGCACCGCCACAGGGAUGCCGCUACGAGUUUGAUUACAAGUGCGGCUGCAUCGUUGGCUGUGGCAAUCUCAAAUGCAAGUCGGCUGGAGAGGGCGAGCGCUGUGUCGCUGACGGCGAUGUGGGCCCAACGUGUGACGCCGGCCUUGUGUGCCUCCACGGCACGUGCCAGGUGGACGUGUGCGCCAGUUACGACUGUCUUCCCACACACAAGUGCGUUCCGCAGAGGGUGGAGUGCAUUACCGCCCCCUGCCCGCCCCAGCCGACGUGUGUUGCCAAGGAGCACUGCUUCGAACACCCGUGCACCUCGGAUAAGGUUUGCGUCGACCUUCGCAUCGCGUGCAUCACCACACCCUGCAUUCAAUAUGAAUGCGUCAGCAAGAACGUGUGCCAGCCCAACCCCUGCCCCCACGGCCACGAGUGCGUGCCAUCGCCAGCAGACUGUGCGGACUGCAAGCCGUAUUUGUGCAUGGAACAGCACGACACACAACCGACGACGCCCGAUGCUCUGCCGGGAACACCCGCCUCCACUUCUUCGUCUUCACCACAGACCGGUUCAUCUUCCUCUUCGUCGUCACCAUCUUCUUCUUCUUCUUCGUCUCCAUCAUCUUCAUCAUCAUCGGUCCCAUCCUCCCCCUCCUCCUCCUCGGCGACCUCAACCUGGCCGUCAUCAUCAUCGUCAUCAACAUCAUCCUCGUCCACCACGGAGACGGAGCUGCCCGCACCUGCCGUGCUCAUCAUUGGCCGCAUGUCCGUGACUGUUGACGGCAACACGCUCGACGUUGCUGUCCUGCGUCGCGAGUUCAUCGCGCACAUCGAGAGCACGACCGGUGUGCGUGCGCUGGACGUGAAGAUUGAGAUUGUUGGCCGUCGCCGCGCGUCCGCCGUGGAAGUCCGCUUCGUUGUCCAGCUCGCUUCCAUCAACGACGCUGACGCUGUUGAGAAGAGCAUCAAUACUGGCGAUGUGUUCGUGUCGCUCAACUCCUCCUCCACCAACUUCUCCGCCUCUCGCAUUGGCAGCACGUCGCGAGAGGUGCAGAGCGGCAGCAGCGGUGAGGACAACACGGCGAGCGCCACGACGUACAUUGCCGUUGGUGCUGCCGUUGGCGUCGUGGCCGUCAUUGCCAUCGUCGCUGUCGCCGUCUCCCGACGCAAAUCCGCCGCUGUCCGUGUGGACGCCCGUCCAGACCACAUUGAGAACCCAAUGUACAUGGACCCCACACUCUGGAAGGCGGCCAGGCACGACGACGUGGAUGUCUGA